GCAGUAUGUGGAUGACGUAAAAAUGUCGCGCCGUUGGUGAUUCCGGAAGAAAUAGGAGUGUGGCGUGAGCAUGGGGAAGCAAAAGAAAACAAGGAAGUAUGCGACCAUGAAGCGAAUGCUUAGUCUCAGAGAUCAGAGGCUUAAAGAAAAGGACAGAUUAAAACCUAAAAAGAAAGAAAAGAAGGAUCCCAGCACACUGAAGGAAAGAGAAGUCCCCCAACACCCUUCCUGCUUAUUCUUCCAAUAUAAUACCCAGCUGGGCCCACCGUACCACAUCUUGGUUGAUACCAACUUUAUCAACUUUUCUAUUAAAGCCAAACUGGACUUAGUACAGUCAAUGAUGGACUGUCUGUAUGCCAAGUGUAUUCCUUGUAUAACUGACUGUGUAAUGGCUGAAAUUGAGAAAUUGGGGCAGAAGUAUCGAGUGGCUCUCAGAAUUGCCAAGGAUCCAAGAUUUGAACGAUUACCAUGCACACAUAAAGGAACCUAUGCAGAUGACUGCUUAGUACAGAGAGUAACUCAGCACAAAUGUUACAUUGUGGCCACAGUUGACCGAGACCUUAAACGAAGAAUCCGGAAAAUCCCUGGAGUUCCUAUCAUGUACAUUUCUAACCAUAGAUACAAUAUUGAACGGAUGCCUGAUGAUUAUGGAGCCCCUCGGUUCUAAUUCUUAUAAGACAGUGUUCCUCUGCAUUUCUUCAACCAACUUUCUCUGUUAGCAGUUUGUUAAACAUUCAGGGCAAUGAAUUAUUCUGUUCACCCAUUUGCUCUAUUAUGAGCUGAAUAUGGUUAAAUACACUCACUGUUGGAUGCUAUUUUGAAAAUGAUAUUUUGUCUCAUUUAAAAUUUUAAAAUGAUGGUCAAAGGGUACAAAAUCUUAGGCAGGA